AAGCAAAAUAAAGAAAUGUUGAACUCUACCAAUCCUUUGUGAGCAAGUUAUUUGCCAUUUUAGUGUCUGUUAUGUGGUCCCCACUUCCACACACAACAAAUCCCACAGGCAACCAAAAAAACAAACAACCUUUUAUUCUUUUCUCUGUGUCUCACUCUUUGCAUUUCAUUUUCAUCCUUCAAAUUCCUCUUCCAUUUUUUCUCUUCUAAAGUUUCCAUCUUUCACUUGAAGAAGAUAACACAAACCAUGCAUUGAAAGCUUCACAAAUUUAACUAAUUAAGGGUUUUGAGGUGUUGGAAGUGAUUGCUGAGGGUUUGAAGUUUAUAUAGUUGAAUCAUGGAUGGUCAGGGUUCUAAUAAGCUAAUUUUUAGUGGUGGUGAUGAUGAUGGUAACUUAAAUUUGAAAAUGGUUGCAUCGUGCGAGAAAAAUAUACGGCGUUCAGCUUCUUGUGAAGACUUUUGUAAGAGGAGUACUACUACACUGCCGGUUAAGAGGGUGUUUGAUCACAACAAUUCCUUGUGUGGUUCGAGGAAGAAAUCUAAGGUGUUUCUUUAUGAUUAUGAUGAUGAUGGUGGUGGUGGUGGUGAUGACGACGAUGUUUCUAUUUUCUCUAGAAAUAAAAGGCCUGUCAUGUCAACUGAUGAAUCAUUUUCCUUACUCAAGGAAAAACUUGCAUUGGUAGAAAACUCGUUUGAGGAAUGCAAACAGAUGAGACGAGUAGGAAAGAUGAGAUUGAAGUCCAUAAAGAGGGAUAUUGAGGAGUGUUCCAAAGAGCUUGAAAAUAAGAAAAAGGAAAUUAGUUGUGUUGAAAGAAUUAACGAAGCUCGCAAGAAAAUGGAGGAAAAAGUUGAGGAAUGUCUCGAGGAUUUUGUAGCAAAGGAAGGGCAGCUCCAUUUGAUGGACGACUUGAUUGGAGAGUGCAAGCAAGAGCUCAAGACAAAAGAGUUGGAACUUCGUCAAGUCUUGGAUAACAUUUCAAAACAUAAGCAUUUCGAAAGGCAAAUGACACAGCUGUUGAAUGAUCUGGUAUCAAAACAGAACCAGCUUAAGUCAAAAGAGAAUCAACAUGAAGGCCGGGUGAAGGAGCAUGAAUCAAAAGAGAGAGAAUUUGAAGGGCGAGUGAAAGAGCUGGAAUCUGAAAAGAAGCAAUUUGAAAGACAAGUGCAGGAGUUAGAGUCAAAAGAUAAUCAUCUUGUAUGCCAAAUGAAGGAGUUUGUAUCAGAAAAGAGGGAAUUUGAAAGGCAAAUGGAGCAGCUGGUAUUGAAACAGAAGAAUUUCGAAAGUCGAAUGAAGGAGUUUGAAUUGAAAGAGGGGCAACUUGAAGGCAGAUUGAAGGAGCAUGAAUUGAAUGAGAGAAAGUUUAAAGGCCAAGUGAAUGAUUUGGCAUCAAAACAAAAUCAUUACAAAAGCCGAAUGAAGGAGCUUGAGUCUAAAGAGAAGCAACAUGAAGACAGAGUGAUGGAACUGGAAUCUAAAAAGAAGCAGCUUGAAAGGGACAUGGAGGAGUUCAAAUUAAAAGUGAAGCCAUUGAAAGAACAAGUUAUGGAACUGGCCUCUAAAGAGAAGCAACUUGAUGGACAAGUGAAGGAGCUGGAAUCAAAAAAGAAGCUAUUUGAAAGCCAAGUGAAGGAAUUAGAGUCAAAAGAGAACCAACUUGUAGGCCAAAUGAAAGAGUUUGCAUCAAAAGAGAGGGAAUUUGAAGGCCGAAUGAAGGAGCAGGUGUUGAAACUGAAGCAUUUCGAAAACCAUUUCGAAAGCCGGAUGAGUGAGCUUGAGUCGAAAGAGAAGCAACUUGAAGGCCGGUUGAAGGAGAAUGAAUCAAAUGAGAGAGAAUUUAAAGGCCAAGUGAAGGAGCUGGAAUCUAAAAAGAAGCAUUUUGAAAGCCAGAUGAAGGAGCUUGAAUCAAAACAGAAGAAACAUGAAGGCCAAGUGAAGGAGCAUGAAUCAAAAGAGAGAAAAUUUGAAGGCCAAGUGAAGGAGCUACAAUCUAAAACGAAGCAGGUUGAAAGCCAAGUGAAGGAUUUGUUAUCAAAAGAGAAUCAUUUCAAAAGCCGGAUCAAGGACCUUGAGUUAAACGAGAAGAAACAUGAAGGUCGAGUGAAGGAACACGAGUCAAAAGAUAACCUACUUGUAUGCCAAAUGAAGAAGUUUGAAUCAAAAGAGAGGGAAUUUGAAUGCCAAAUGAAGGAGCAGGUAUUGAAACAGAAGCUUUUUGAAAGCCGAAUGAAUGAGCUUGAGUCAAAAGAGGAGAAAUUGGAAGGUCAAAUGAAGGAGUUGGAAUUUCAAAAGAAGCUCUUUGAAAUCCGAAUGAAGGAGUUGGAGUCAAUAGAUAACCAACUUGCAGAACGAGUGAAGGAAUUUGAAUUAGAAAAGAAGCAUUUUGAGAGCCGACAGAAGGAGCUCGAAUCUAAAGAAAAUCAAUUUGAAGAACAAAUGAAGGUGUUCCAGUCAAAAGAGGAAGAAUUCAAAGGACAAGUGAAGGUGUUUGAAUCAACAGAGGAGGAAUUCAAAGGCCGAGUUAAGGAGCUCGAAACAAAAAAGAAGCAAUUUUUAAACCAAGUUGAGGCCUAUAAAUCAAAAGAGAAGCAAUUUAAAGAAAGGUGGAAAGAACUCGAGUCAAAAGAGAAUAAGUUCAAAAUACAGAUCAAAGAGCUCAAGUUAAAAGAGAAGCAGUUUGAAGGACAAGUCAAAGUUCCUGAGUCAAAGCUCGAUAAAUUUGAUGGACAACUGAAGCAGUCUGAGUUGACAGAGAAACAACAUGAACCAUUGAUAAAAUAUUUUGACGAGGAAAAUGAAUUGGUUACAUCUUACAUGGAUAAUGCAUUUAGUCCUACCAUUGACGAUGGAACAAGUUUGGAAACUGACAUUCUAGCUAAUCUGCGAGAAUCAUCAGAUCCAGCAAAAAUUGUUUUGGAUAUAAUACAGAACCCAACUAUUCCACCGUGUAAGAACGGAGACAAUGUUGUGAUUAUUUAUGAGUGCCACAUCUUUCUGCUAGAACAACUGAUGAGAAUCUCGCCAAAACCAAAUAUUAAACCUUGUGUAAGAGAAGGUGCAUUGAAGCUAGCACUUGAUUUGAAAGCUAACAUGAAAGAAAAUACUGAAAAUUCUUUGACGAUUCUUGGUUUUCUACUGCUUUUGUCGAUUUAUGGACUGGUUACUUAUUUCAAUAAAGAUGAAGUCUUGGAGCUUUUUGCAUUUGUUGAUCAGCACAAGAUAGCCGUGGAGCUGUUUGGGACCUUUCGUUUUUGCAAAUAAAGUUUCGGAUAUGUUUUAAUUUAGAUAUGCUUUGAUUUUGUCGAGAAACUUAUCAAGAGGAGGCAAUUUGUUGUGCAUAUUAAUUGGCUGAGAAGAAUCAACAAGUUUUUGUGCUAGAAAUGUGGUAAUGGAAACCUGCUAACAUAUACACUAUUAUUGUUCAGGUAUAUAUAUUCACGUGUAAAUGAUUUCGAUAGGACUCUCGCUGUUUCGUACUCUUGGUUAAUUCAAAUGAGGCUUCUACCAUCCUUGAAUCUAAUUAAUGUGCCACAAUAGUUACAUUUGGCCUGCAUCUCCGUACCAGCUUGUUCGAUAAAGUGAUUCCAUACAUGUAAUUUUUCUUCUUCCAAACAUUCCCUUAUUAAGAAUGUUAAUUUAUCUAGGAAUAUGAAAAUUUUAUCUUGCUGACUGAAA